UUGAAAAUUAGCAUAAUGAAAAAUGAUUGGAAUUUAAAUGAAAUAGGGAUAAAGACUGAUAUUUAUUUAAGAACUACAUAUAAUAAUUACCUUAAAAUUUAUACAGAUGGUUCUAAGAAUUUAAAAGGAUAUGUGGGAAUAGGAAUAUAUAUUCCAGAGUUUAAAAAAUGUAUUUAUAAAAGAAUAUCAGAUCAAUUGUCGGUUUUUACAGCAGAAAUGGUGGCAGUUAUAUUAAGCUUGCAAUGGGUGGAGGAGAUUCGACCAGACAGGGUGGUGGUGUGCACAGAUUCCAAAGCAGUAGUAGAAAGUAUCAAGGGAGAAGGAAAUAAUAGAAAAGAUCUGGUAUUAGAAAUUCAUCAUAUUUUAUUUAGAUUAUAUAGGGGUGGCAUUGAUGUUUGGUUUUGUUGGGUGCCAGCACAUGAAGGAGUAAAAGGCAAUGAAAAGGCAGAUAAAUUAGCUAAAAGGGCUUUAGAGGGGGAAAUAGCAAUUUCAAUUCCUUUUGGGAAAGGGGAAGGGAAAUCACUUAUUAAAAGUAAAGAAAUGGAGGAAUGGCAAAAAAUAUGGAAUGAAGAUAAGAAAGGAAGAUUAUAUGAAGUACAAAAGUCAGUUCAAAUUCGAAGCAUUAAUGAAAGAAACAGAAGAGAAGAAAUAAUAAUUAGUAGAUUAAGAAUAGGUCAUACCUACUUAAAUGACAUGCUUUAUUUAAUAGGGAGGAAAAAUAGUGAUAAAUGUGAGAGAUGUGGAGAAAAAGAAAAUGUAGAACACAUACUGAUGAACUGUAAGUCAUAUGAACACAAAAGGGAAGAAUUAGAGAGAAUAGUUAGAAGUAUAGGGCAUGAAUGGAAUCUUAAAGGUAUAUUAGGAAAUGAAGGAAACAUAACAAAUAUUCAUAAAUUAAGGAAAGCAUUGUUUAUUUAUCUUAAGAAUACAAAAUUAAAAAAUAGAAUCUAAUAGAUGUGAAGUAACUCUGCUACACACUCAUGUACAGUAGGUGGCGGUAUGCACCUUAAAGUUGCUUGUGAUCCGCCAUAAUAGAAAAGAAGAAGAAGAAGA